AUGUCGUGGACAUCGUCAGUUCCGCCGCCACCAGGCGCAGCAUAUGGCUACUCACAAAGUGCGUAUCCCAGCCAACUGCCAUAUUUCCCCCCUUCGCCUGUGUCUGGGUCUCUACCCGUUGCCCUUGACACUUCGUCACCGUCGCCACAACAUCCUCACCUCGGCUUGACAGCAGACGCUAACAGGACUCUUCAACUAGCUACUACUGCCUUUACUCCCGUACCCGUCAGAACUGGCGGCUUUGGCCAGCCGUUCGCUCAACCUCCGCACCCCAACCUGUAUGCCGCUCCUGCUAAUCCGCCCCAAACUGUAAACGCGGCAUCGGCACCCGGUAGUACACAACACCAGCAUCCACAGUCGGAGCAGAAGAUUGACUGGCCCGACUCUGUUCGCUCAUAUGUACAGCGAUCUUUUGAGACCAAGAACCUGAUCCCCGGCGUUUCGCGCGAGGAGAUGCAGACCAAGCUAAAGGAGACCAUCUCCCACGCUCGGGACUCCGGUAUCAUGUACACCACCGACUGGGACAACAUGCCCUUGCCCCAGGUCCUGGUCCAGUCUGAGCGCCUGCAGGCCUUGACUGGCUUCGGCCGCAUCGGCGGUGUCGCCGACGCCAUGGAGCGCGCCCAGUCUCAGCCUACCUCGAAGAAGAGAAAGUCUUCUGAUCUGUCUGAAAGUAACCCAAUGACUCCCGGGCGUAGUCUCAAGGGCCCUUCCCUCCAGGAUCGUAUUUCCCAGCCCUCCAGUGACCAGUCCUCGGGAAUGGACGCACCUCUCUCUGCCAAAAGUAAGUUUCAGAAACAAGCAGAGAAGCGACAGCGCCGUUUUGAUGGCGGUUACAAAUCCACCUACCGGUCACCUAGCCCACCGCCUUCCACAGGACCCGUUGUUGGAACCUGUACCGACCUGGAGAAGCGGUAUCUCCGCCUGACCUCGGCACCAAAGGCCUCCAUGGUGCGACCUGAGCAUGUGCUCCACCAGACGCUGGAUCUCCUGAAAAAGAAGUGGAGGAAGGAAUCGAACUACAACUACAUUUGCGACCAGUUCAAGUCGCUCCGUCAGGACUUGACUGUCCAGCGUAUUAGAAAUGACUUCACUGUCUCGGUCUACGAAAUACAUGCUCGCAUUGCAUUGGAAAAGGGGGAUCUCGGUGAGUAUAAUCAGUGCCAGACCCAGCUGCGUGCGCUCUACGCCAUGGGUCUGAAGGGGAACCCCGUCGAGUUCAAGGCCUAUCGUAUCUUGUAUUUCAUCCACACCGCAAACCGUACUGCGUUGAACGACGCUAUUGCCGAUCUAACCACAGCAGACAAGGAGGAGCGCGCUAUCAAACAUGCCCUGAAUGUUCGUUCCGCUUUGGCCUUAGGAAAUUACCACAGAUUCUUCCAGCUCUAUCUCGAUGUCCCUAAUAUGGGAGCCUAUCUCAUGGAUAUGUUUGUCAAGCGCGAGCGGCUGGCUGCUUUAGCAAACAUGUGCAAAGCUUACAAACCAGACUUGAAACUUCGCUACAUCACUGAAGAACUCGCGUUCGAGUCGGAUGCCGAAGCCGCGCAAUUUAUUAUCGACCAGAACGGUCAAGAGUUGCUCCAGGAGCGUGAAGAUUCCAUCAUCUUUCUGGCAGGCAAUGCCAAGUUUCUGUUCGAGACGGCAAGAUCAGAAGCCUUCCGGAGAGUCGAUCUCAAAGGCCAGAUCUGA